UGACGCAGAGUCAGCAGUUUUUCAUCGACUGUGAGAAAGUGUACAUCGAGUCGAGGUUAUUUUCGUGCAGUCGUUGAGAUAGCGAGAGAUACGCCGAUAGAAAACUGACAAUGUUGUGUUCUUGUUGCGUGGCGAUGAUCGCCAUCCUCUACAUUCUAUUUGACGUAAAUUACUUUAUGAGAAUUAUUCUCACCAUUAUUUGGGGCAGAUUUUUCGAGAAGAAGAAGAAACUCUUCGAUACGACAACAGUUUAUGGAAUUUGCACCACUCAGGAUGUUGACUUGGUCUUGAAGCACAUGAAUAACGCGCGAUAUUUACGUGAGUUGGAUUUUGCGCGUUUUUAUUUCUAUGACAGAUUAGGAAUUUACGACGUUAUCUCAAAAAGAGGCGGCAUUGCUGUUCAAGGCGCAUCCACUAUACGAUAUCGCCGUGCGAUUCCUAUCUUUACACCAUACAAGGUCACGACGAAGCUCAUUUAUUGGGAAGAUAAACACUUUUAUAUAGAAAACCAGUUUAUCAGUCUCACGGACAAUUUUAUUCGCGCCAUUGCAUUAAGCAGACAAACUGUAACUGGAUUAAAGAUUCCGGUAGAGGAAAUAAUUGCCGACAUCGAGCCGGAAAUACGUAGGCCGGAGCCUACCAAAGAACUUCAAUUAUGGCUGGAGUCUAUGGAAGAAUCGUCUCAAAGUUUGAAAAAACAGAAAUAAGAAAAUGUUUUUUUUUUAAUGUGUUUGUGUUUGAUAAAUUACAUUUAUUUAAUUUUUUGUUAGAUCGGUUUUUAUUUUAUGGUUGAUUCUUUGUUAUGUUAUUAUAACACAUAAUUUUAUAUAGUCUUACAUGAAUGUAUUGUUCUAUCGUUAGUUUUAUAAGUAAUUUAAUUUUUGUGAUAUAAUAUUGUUUUUAAAGCUUUUUAAUCGAAAUAUUAUUUUUAAAUUCGAAAUUAUAUCAUUAUAUCAUUAUAUAUUGCAUUACAUAUCUUGGCAUUAAUUGUAGUACAGUGUCGAGUAAAACUUAAUUUAGAUUUAUAUAUUAUUAAAAGAUAUUUCUUUUAUUAUUUUACAAUUAGUAAAAACUAAAUUUUUAUAAUUAGUAAAUGUGACUAAAAAUAUUAUUUUUUAUUAUUGCAAUAUUUAUAAUCUUAAUAAAUACAACAAUUUGCG